ACUCGCGCGUUUGGAGUGAAAGUCUCUUACAAGCACAAGUUAAACACAACACUUGUGGAAAGGCGAGAUGCACACAGCUGGAGUGUAUACGCCUGGAAUGACUGUGGCAGUGAAUGGAUCGCAGCGAAAACGCCCGACUCGCGCGCAGCUCCGUUGGGAAUAUUAAUAUGAUUUUACAUUUCAGGCGCAAAUUAAGCUUUUAAGGUGUUUCCUGCAACGACAUGCUGGACAAAAUAUAAUGCAGUGCCUUCCAAAAGUCUAACGCGGGAUUUUUUUUUUUUUUUUUUUUUGGUGUGAAAUAUGUAACCUACUGAGUGAUCAUUUCAUCAGAAUUCAAGACGAGAAAGCUUCAAUCUGUUGCUCUUUUAAAAAAAUCACAUGUUGCUUCUUAAAAACCCUACGGAUAUUUAUAACACUAAAUCAAGACAUUCUGGAUGCUUAGGACUUAUGACAUGCGGUUAAGGUGCCAUGGUGGCAGAAGUUAAAAUGAGCUCUUUUGGCGAGCAGUUGGUGCGCUCAGAAUGGCCCGGGAGGAUUCGGUGAAGUGUCUGCGCUGUCUGCUCUACGCGCUCAACUUUCUCUUCUGGGUCAUGGCCCUGUGUGUGCUGGGAGUGUCUGCCUGCCUCAGGGAUCACCUGAACAAUGUGCUCACCUUAACCGCUGACACCAGACUGGAGGAGGCAGCCGUUCUCACAUACUCCCCCGUCGUCCAUCCUGUCGUCAUCACCGUGUGCUGUUUUCUAAUCAUCGUGGCUAUGGUGGGCUACUGUGGCACACUCAAGUGCAAUCUGCUCCUACUGUCUUGGUAUUUUGGCUGUCUGAUGGUGAUAUUCUGCGUGGAGCUGGCCAGCGGAGUGUGGACGUAUGACGAGCCUGUGGUACAGAGGUCUGAUAUGAUAAGUCUAAAGUCUCGUAUUCCUCAUUUCGGCCUGCAGCGCUACCAGUGGCUCACACAUGCCUGGAACUCUUUACAAACAGAGUUAAAGUGUUGUGGAGUGAUCUACUUCACUGACUGGCUGGAAAUGACAGAGAUGGAGUGGCCACCUGACUCCUGCUGUUCCAAUCAGUAUCCAGGAUGUGCCCGCCACGCCCACUACCAUGACCUCAGUGACCUUUACCAGGAGGGUUGCGGUCCCAAGAUCUACAGUUUUAUCCGUGGCACCAAACAGCUGCAGGUGCUGAGGUUCUUGGGCGUGUCGAUUGGCGUGGCUCAGAUUUUAGCCAUGACGUUGACUGUGACACUCCUGUGGGCUCUCUAUUAUGACCACAAACCACCUGACCCAGCAUCCCCGGAUGCUUUAAUCCACACGCACAGCUCCUCAGAAGAUGCCCUGAAGCCCAGCCACCCACAUCCACGAGUGCCUGAGGCCUGGGCCAAUGCGCCCGCUAAUGGACACACCCAGUUUGAGAUGGAGCAACUUUCCUAGCAGUGACUUCAUUGGUGACCCAUCGCCUACUUCAACACUGCGGAGACACUUAAAAUGACACUGAAUGGAUCGGACAGCAGCAGUGAACUGGACCAGAAAAUGGACCCUGUGGAAUAUGAAGUAGUCUGGGUGCCUGGAUUAUACGAUUUAAAUGGUGUGAAUCGUUUUAGAGAAAACUUUAUAUGCCUGUGGAGAAAGCAGCUUUUUGUGGUCAUCACAUGGAAGUUGAAGAGGAUUUACUGCGUUCUUCCUAAAGUCACUGCCUCUGUCUCUAUAGACUUGAAUUCUCCAGAGGGAGGUUUCUGGAAUGAACUGUUUCUGCUUAAAUCUUUCUUCCUCUCAGUGAAAUGGCCCAUCACCACUUAUACUGACCUAGUUGAUGCACACUAUGAUUUUGGCCAUUUUUUUGCCAUGCUAGACAAGAAUUGUAAAAUAUUUAUUUUAUCAUAGUCCAAAAUCAGUUUGCAUUUUGGGAUUCUCUUCAUGUUAGGAUCACAAUUUACCUCACAUUUGUUCAGAAGAAUUCACAAAUUCCUUCUUUCACCAAGCUAUGUCAGACUUCAAACACAAUUUUUUUUCUCUCCUUUACUAGUACAAAGUUGUGUGGUACUAUUUUAAUGUUUGUUUGAAGAUUCAUAUUCAUUUAAAUGGACAUUAAUGGCAAUUUUGCCUAAGAUAUAUAUCAUACAGUGUGACAUAACAGACAAAACACAAACAGUCUGCAUUGGCUUUUACACAAAAUCUCACCUGGCUCAUACUUUCGCAGAUUUUCAUGUCUUAAUUUAACAGCUCCAUGAUAAGAUUCAAAUGGACUGGUGCAUUAAAAAAUGUUUUAGAUCUCAAAAGUAGUAUGAAUUUUCUAUGCAAUAAUAGUCUGCACAUAAAUUACAUUAUAAUAGGGUUAAACUCUGCUGAAAGUUUGAGAAACCUCUUGCAUGUGAAUCACAGUGCAUUAAACACAUCGAGAAGA